AUGGGAAAACUGACAUAUGACGAAGUGGCGAAGCAUUCGUCAGCAGAUGAUUGCUGGAUCAUUUUGUAUGGAAAAGUGUAUGAUCUCACCGAGUUCAUUCCGGAGCACCCCGGAGGACCUCAGAUCAUUGUCAAGAAUGCUGGCCGUGACGCUACCAAAUUAUUUGACACGGUGCACCCAAAGGGCACCAUUGAAAAGUAUCUGUCAGCCGACAAGUUCAAGGGCGAGUUUGAUGAGUCUACACUGCCUGGAGAAUACAAAGAGCAGCAAAAGAAGGAGGAGGCCGAAGAACAAGAACGGCGGGCGAAUCUACCUCCGAUGUCGAGUUGUCUAAACCUUCACGACCUGGAGCUGGUGGCGUCAAAAGUCCUGUCUCCCGAGGCUUGGGCAUACUACUCGUCAGCUGCAGACGAUCUUGAGACAUACCAUGAAAAUAAAACGGUAUUCCGACGGAUCUGGUUCCGACCGCGGAUUCUUCGUAAUGUCAGAGUGGUCGAUCCAAGCACAAGCAUUCUUGGGAUUCCUAGCAAGCUGCCUAUCUACAUUACAGCCACGGCGCUUGGUCGUUUGGGACACCCGGACGGGGAGCUGAAUCUUACGCGGGCAGCCGCAAAAACAGGGCUCAUUCAGAUGGUCCCAACACUAUCAUCUUGCUCGUUUGAGGACAUUGUCAAUGCUCGCACAGAGGAUGGUGCACCAACACAGUUUUUCCAGCUCUAUGUCAACAGUGACCGGCGGGUCGUCGUUGAUAUGUUGCGCCGUGCUGAAAAAGCCAAUAUUCAGGCCAUCUUCAUCACAGUCGACGCGCCUCAGCUCGGACGGCGUGAGAAGGACAUGCGGAUGCACUUUAGCGAUGAGGGCUCGAAUGUGCAAGGAGGCGAAAUUCAAAACAGAGACGAAGGUGCGGCACGGGCCAUCAGCUCGUUUAUCGAUCCUGCGCUCGAUUGGGACGGAGCACUUUGGAUUAAACGCAAUACACGGAUUCCUGUGCUCUUGAAAGGCGUGCAAACGUGGGAGGAUGCAGUCAUGGCCUGUGAGAUGGGAUUUGCUGGUGUCGUGCUAUCGAAUCAUGGCGGCCGUCAGCUUGACUAUGCUCGCUCCGGCGUGGAAGUCCUUGAAGAGGUAGUACGUGAGCUGCGCAAGCGCAACAUGUUCCCAAGCCCAGCGUUCCAGAUCUUGGUAGACGGCGGAUUCCGGCGGGGCACUGACAUUCUCAAGGCCAUUGCCAUGGGGGCGACAGCUGUGGGCGUUGGACGUCCGUUCCUGUACGCUUACUCGGCAUAUGGCGUCGAUGGCGUGGUACAUGCGAUCAACCUGCUGCGCGCCGAGUUGGAGAUGAAUAUGCGCCUUAUUGGUGCGAACACCAUUCGGGAUGUCGUGCCAGAGAUGGUCGAUUUGCGUGCACUUCAUACCCAUAAUGGAUUGCCUACGCCAGGUGACGGCUCGUCUGUGCUGGACGUGAUGGACAAGAGCCGUUUGUGA